AUGCAGGUUGGAAAUGCUUUAUUUGAUGACUUCCGUGACCACUUGGGGCGUUUUCAGUUUAUGUGGGCAUCUGGUCUGAUAUCUGACCAGACAUUCAAAAAGCUGAACCUAUUUUGCGACUUUCAGUUAUACAGACAACCGUCAGAGAUGUGUGAUAAGAUUCUUGAAAUUGCUGAUAAUGAAAUUGGAGAUAUUGAUCUCUACAGCAUCUUUACACCUCCUAGCGGUGCCAAUUUUAGCAUGUUAAAUCCACUGAUGAGAAGGCAGAAUGUGAGUAUACAGGAUGGCGGGCACUUGAGAAGGCAGUAUGACCCAUGUACAGAGCAGCACUCAACAAUUUAUUUCAAUGUUCCUGAGGUCCAACGAGCGCUGCACGUUUACAACCGAGACAGUUCUUCUAAAUGGGCUGGCUGCAGUGACGAGGUAAACUCCAAUUGGAAGGAUAGUCCUCACUCGGUGCUAGACAUUUAUCGUGAGCUUAUACCUAGUGGAAUUCGGAUUUGGGCAUUCAGGAUUAUCUAUCUACUCAUCUCUGAUGGAUUUGCAUUUCUUCAUAAAUCUGGUCCAGGGAAUUGA